UGUGUCCGCGUUGUAUAAAUUGGCGUAGGCCAUGUUGUGAGUUGAGCUCCAUUUCUUUUCUCUUUGUGGCAAAGAGAAGAGAUCAGCCUUCGUCUUCUUCGCUCGCAACUCUCUCUCUUUCUCUCUCUCUCUUCUUCAAGAAUAGUUGAAAAUGGGGCUGUCUUUCACCAAGUUAUUCAGCCGGCUGUUUGCCAAGAAAGAGAUGCGUAUACUUAUGGUUGGGCUUGAUGCUGCGGGUAAAACCACUAUUCUUUACAAGCUCAAGCUUGGAGAGAUCGUCACUACCAUUCCCACCAUUGGGUUUAAUGUGGAAACUGUGGAAUAUAAGAAUAUCAGCUUCACUGUCUGGGAUGUUGGAGGUCAGGACAAGAUCCGUCCUUUGUGGAGACAUUACUUCCAAAAUACACAAGGACUUAUUUUUGUGGUGGAUAGCAAUGACAGGGACCGUGUUGUUGAAGCUAGAGAUGAGCUGCAUAGAAUGUUGAAUGAGGACGAGUUGAGAGAUGCCGUGCUUCUAGUGUUUGCAAACAAACAAGAUCUUCCAAAUGCUAUGAAUGCUGCUGAGAUAACUGAUAAGCUUGGUCUUCAUUCCCUCCGUCAGCGUCACUGGUAUAUCCAGAGCACAUGUGCCACGUCUGGUGAAGGGCUCUAUGAAGGACUCGACUGGCUCUCAAACAACAUUGCAAACAAGGCAUAGAGAUUUAUUAGUUAAGGGUGCACGAGUUUACUAUGCGGCCUUCAAGAUCCCCAGUUUCUGAUUUUCUUGCCCUGCUUAGAUUUUCAUUGCUCGACAUGUAUUAUUUGUUUUUAAAAAAAGAACAGCAGUCUGUUACCGAAGAAUAAUUUGAAUUUUUUUUCCAUGUAUAACCAAAUAGCAUUGUUUUACCCUUUUGAUUUGCGAAGUCCAUUGAAUGAUUUAAAGCCUCGAAUAUGUGUAUGAUUUAUAUGUCCU